UCAUCCGGAUUAGUCAAAAUGCUUCGUUUUCUUGUAUUGGGACUAUUCGUGUCGGUUUUUUUAUCGUUUCCUUCUGUGAGGGCCGACGAUGAACUGACCGAACAAGAGAUCCUAGAAGCGGUUGAAAGAGCGCUAGAUGGUCAACUCAGAGAUACAGAGGUCCGGGCUGCUGGUGAUAGCGAUAGCGAAGAAUUCGACUGUGAAGGAAAUCCAGAAUGCGAGAACUGUUUUGCCAAUUGCGAGAGUGAAGAGGGUUGUGCAAUGCUCUGUGCGCUGCUCUUCGGUCAGGAGGAUGAAGAAAAACGUGGAAGGGAAAGGAAGCGAGGAUGGUGGUGGCGCCCACGUCAAUCUUUUUAUCCCAGAUAAGAACACCAGAGCGGGUCUGAAUGGAACAGCAUGCUAUGAAAAAAAUGACUUAAGAGUUUAAAUUGCGAAGAAAGUGCUUACAAACAGUGUUUAUUAAUUGGCUAUAAUAUAUGGUGUUAGUUGUAAUUACUGUUAAGAGAAACAUCAAAACAAAAUUUGGAAAAUUAUAUCAGCACGAAUUUGUUAAAGAUGCGAUUGUGCAGAUUUUGAUAACGGUUAGUUUUCGAACAUAACUUUUUAAUGGAGUGCAUGUUAACAAAAUAAGUGCAUGUCAUGAUAGCCUGCAGUUUUUUUUCUCUAACUUAAACUUGGUGAUAUGUGCAUACUUGUAGUUAAAGAAUUAACUCGCGAUGAGCAUGGUUUACUCGUAUUAAAGGGAAAGGUAUUUGAUAUCUCGUUUCAAGGUCUCAUCAGUUAAUUCAGCGCGCCGAAUCGUAUCACAAAAUGAAUGUUGGGAUUAGUGUCAUUCGGAUCUCUUCGGCCAUUUCUUAUCGAAAAGAAUAUCGGAUGUAUGCCGGUAUAUGGCUCAAGACCACAGUUAUCUGCCCCCCGUUGACCAAGAUCCGGAUGUGAAUACAGAAAAAAAGAGUGCUUGUGUUCAAGUAUCAAUAUUUUAUUAAAAUUGAAUGAAAAAGAAGCAAAACAUGUUCUUUUUGCAGAGAACUUGACUGAAUUUGACACUCUAUUGCAGAAAUUGAUAGUUUUCAAUGUAAAUAUUGGAAAAAUCAUAGCUUGUGGAAGUCUGAAAAUUAGUUGUUUGUAGCCGAUUGACUCCCUGGCGGAAGGGUUAUGUAUUUGAACUCCAUUUUGACAGUCGGGUCAAUGGUCAACAUGGUGUUUUCUUGUGAUUAUAUUUUGUGUCUUGAAUUGUUCUAGAGAUGCCAUGUCCUUGUUUUUCAAUUGGGGUGUGUAUAAAAACAAAAGCCAGGUUAGUGUCUAUAUGAAACAUAUAGUAAAAAUAACUGUGGUCUCACGCCAUAUCAGUAGAAGCACCUCGUAAAAUUAUGUAUAAUAUUAUUACUGAAAUGCCGUAUUUAAACGUGUAUGUGUAUAUCUAAAAUUAAACUGAUUGUCAGUGGAGUGUAUUAUUGCAUGCAUAAUUAAUAUUCCCAAGAAUUAAAUUAUUAAGUUUAACUGCUAAAUUGAAAUUACUACGCCAUCUUAUUGCAGCGUAGUUAAAGUGUAAAGAUUUCUGACAUUGUAAAUCGUUCAUAUAGGUUGUUUUCGAUAGAAAAUGGCCGAGGAGUUCCGAAUGGUUAAAUGUAACCUCCUGUAUUAUUUUUAAGCCGGUUACAGCGAUAUGUUAACGCGCCAAUUUUUGCUUCAAAAGUGACAAUAUUAAAGUAAAGUUCAAACAUAAAAUAAAAUGUUCCAUGAGUUAUUAGUGCGGUUCUUAGACAUUCAGAGAAAAUGUGUUGUAUUUGUCUGUCUUUGUGAAA